ACCAGACGCACUUUCCUCCCUGUUGUCCCUCGCCUUGUCCGGAGUCGGACGCACACCAUGUCGGUCGCCGUCAGCAACAGGUUCCAAGGAGGAAAAGCGUUCGGCUUGCUCAAAGCCCAGCAGGAGAGGAGGCUGGCGGAGAUCAACCGGGAGUUCCUCUGUGACCAGAAGUACAGCGAUGAAGAGAACCUGCCGGAAAAGCUCGCAGCCUUCAAAGAGAAAUACAUGGAGUUUGACCUGAACAAUGAAGGUGAAAUUGAUCUGAUGUCUUUGAAGAGGAUGAUGGAGAAGCUGGGGGUCCCCAAGACCCACCUGGAGAUGAAGAAGAUGAUUUCGGAGGUGACAGGGGGUGUCAGCGACACCAUCUCCUACCGAGACUUUGUGAAUAUGAUGCUGGGCAAGCGGUCGGCUGUCCUCAAGCUGGUCAUGAUGUUUGAAGGAAAAGCCAAUGAGAGCAGCCCAAAGCCAGCCGGGCCCCCUCCAGAGAGAGACAUUGCCAGCCUCCCCUGAGGACCCACCUGGAUCUUCCAGGCCACCAUCCCUGCCCCUGCGUCUCCCUUCUGCCAUCUCUGCCUCCUCUACUGUGAUCUGUCUUAUGCGUUUUGUCCUAGUGGACUCAUCUUCUUUUCUAUUUCCAUUUCUCUAUGUAAGCAUGUUACAUGUUUUGAUGAGGCUGGGAAUCCUGAGCCUCAGGGCCCCUCCUCUCUGCUUCCUGCUGCCCUGCCCUCCCUAUACAAAAGGGCUGACAUCAAACCCAAAACUGGAGAGGGCAUGGAGGCUGCAAACCUCAUUUCCUAUGUUUGAAGAGGACCCUAUCCAUCUGCUCAUCUCUCUAGGUUUCUAAGCUAACUACAGGCCUCACUUUUGGCGCUGGUGGACUUCUCCCCUCUCCCCACUCUCCACAGAAGGCACAAAGCUGUAGGGCUCCUAGGACUGCCUCAUGCUUCCAGGGUUGCUGGAUUUUUUAGCAACAGCCACUCAGUGCCUCACAGACACAACUGAUUCCCCUUUUGGUUCUUGCCUUUGUCCAUCCUCAGGAACAAGGUGGAGCUGGGGGAUAGGGAGAGAACAGCCACUGGAGUCCUUCAAAGGAACUGGAAGGAACUUCUGGCUUUCCUCUCUUGACCCUGUUGGUACAGGCAACUCAGAGGGCCAACGCAGUAAAGGGCUUUGGAGGCAGAGGUGAAGAUAGUGUGGGGUGUCCUGCUUUCAGGGAAGAUGCUGAGAUUGCCAGGGUAGAAGAGGAGCCAAGUGAUCAUGUUGAACCUCAGACAGAGCAACAAGCUGCCUGAUUUCGAAAGGUCUCAAAUGCAGCUAUCUGCCUUCCUACCCGACUCGUCCCUCCGUUCACUCAGCAGUCCUUUAUGGAGUCCCAUUACAAGCUUUAAGUCCUGCUUUGUCUUGAUGUGUGCUUUGUCCAUCUCAUAGCUCCCUUUCCAAGCCACUCAGGACCUGGAGCUUGGGGAUUAGACUGAGGUCACAUGGCAGAUUUUAUCUGGGCCAGUCCUCUUAUUUUACUGCUGGUUUACAGGAGUUAAGUGCCUUGCUGAAGGUCAGGGGUUUUAUCUGGAGAUGGGAGAGUGUGGCCUUAAGCCCAGGUGGUCAGGUGCCGUGCACCGUGCUCUAGGCUGCAUUGGUCAAAGGAAAGGGCGGGGAGGACUAUCUCCCAGCACAAUUCUUGAGGAAGGUGUCAUCCUCUUAAAUACCUUAAGUCAGAACUCACCCUCCUGAGGGCCUCCAAGUUGGCAGUGGGAUGUGUGUAAGGGCCAAAACUGCCUUUGCAGUUUUUCGUCCUUACAGCUUUUUGACUGAUCCUCAGAGACCAUUUCCAUGAAUUCACAAAGUGAAGUAUCAGAUGUGACCCAUCUUAUCUGAGUGGGAGCCUCAAUCUAGACCCUGCUUGUAGUCUGGAAUCCUUUACCCUGGGCACUUAGGACAAGACACAGACCUUCAUCAAACAUAUUUAUCAAGCACCAACUAUAUGCCAUGAAUCCAGAACCCAGCAGUGAAAUGGACUGAUGCAUGGAAUUUAUGUCCACUGAGGACUCACACCCAGACAGUGACAGUGUUAGGAAAUGGGGUGAGCAAGGGCUGAACACCAGUCCCAGGGACUCCAGCUAGGUCACAACUUGGCAAGAGUGUUAGCAGAGCCUCUGUAAAACUCUAAGUGGAAAAAGACUGGGAACUGUUGAGCUAGUGUGGCUUUCCUGCGACUCCACAGUUCAAUACCCAGAGUGCUGGCUCUACAGCAGCCUGAGAGAGUGAGGCAAACAGGGCAUGGAAUAGCUCCAGUUAAUCCUCUGGUCUCAACCAGUUCAGUUCAGGAGAGAGAUUGUUUAGCUAUGACUGGCUGAUUUUUUUUUCCCCCAAGUACCUGCUUCAAAUGCAUAGUCUAGUUGAAGUUUAAACUCAAGCAUUCCUCCCUAUAAAUAUAAAAUCCUGUCUACCCUCACCCCAUCCUUUGGCUUUUUUUUUUUUUUUUUUUUUUUUUUUUAAGAUUAGCAUCUCUUUCUCCAUUCCUUCUGCCUUCAUUCUUUUCAUUCUCAGGCUGGGCUGGGACCUUGAACUGCAUUCAGUGUGUCCUAAGUCUCUGAGACAGGGAAAGAUAGAACCAAUCAGGCUCAGUGGGCCCACAAUUUGAGGUUACACACCACCUCCAUAAAGGAAAGCAAAGCAGUGUGCCGCUGACCUCUGCCAAGUACAGAAAGAGGCUCUAAUUGGGAGAGGCCCGUGUGAGUCCCUUCAGUGUCUGUAGAUGAACCCCUGGAAAGAUGUUCUUAAAAAUAAUCCUUAGAUUGGAGGAGUUUGCAUGUAUUUCAAGUUGUAUCUGUUGGUUCCAGAGUUCUUAACUUCUCUAGUUAAGGGCUUAGCUUUCUUGGGACAUCAGCUGUCUUAUUUUUGAAAAAGACCAAAUCUAACUGGUGUAACCAGCAACGUGGGGACUGCCAAGUAUGGCCUUGCCCCUGUGAAUCAAAAGACAUUUGUCAGGUAGAUUCGGGUGAAUGGCAUUAUCGUGUGCUUGUGGGUGUAUGGGUGGGAUAUGGUCUCCUGCAGAUUGAAAUAAACU